AUGCGUCACUUAGAAGAUUUCCUACAGGUCAAGCGAAAGAAGCUCGAUAUAGAUGGCCUGUUCAGGCGGCAAAGCAUGGCUGGUGGGACUUCACUGAAGAAUUAUCUAGAUACCAAUUGCCAAACAUUCGUGCGAGACUACGAGAAGGAGUUCCACAAGAAGGCAUUCGCCGACCCUUAUAUCAAGUACAAAUGGUCACUUGGCAAGGACCUCACGGUGGAGCAAUAUGAGCAAGCCAUCAAGGAACGAAACAACUUGAGAGACUGGAUGUGUAGUGCAAUACUACCACAACCAUCCGAUGGACAGAGUCUGGGCAAGAUACUCAUUCUCCCGAGUGGGGAUACUGACCCUAUGUACCGACAUGAAUAUCAUAAGUAA